AUGGCCUUCUUUACCCUGCCGCCGAAACAGUCCAAGGCACUGCCCAUCGUCAGCCCCGAAACUGGUCAAGACACGAUCCCGCUGCCAACAACGCACUUCAAGCAUGGCGCCCCGAAUCCCCAAACCAAAAAGUCAGCCAAGACACAAGCAACACUCGCACAAGACCUCUGGUUUCCUCCACCACCCGUCGAAACCCCUCCAGCUUUUGACGCCGAUGAACAGUACGCUCGGGGCUUCGACGUAUACGCACCCACCUUCGUGCCAGCCGCCCUGAAGCAGAUCAACGAGUACGCCGGCACGGUUAUCGACACCUUCCCAAAGACACAUAUCGAUUACCUCCAGUACAUCUCGGGCAUCUUGCCCACUAGUCUUUUGCCCGCCCUUCCUCGGCCCCAGUUCGCCGACAAUCUCUCCUCCGAAGCACCCCAUCUCUCACCACAAUGCUACGAGAAAUACUUUCGGUCCUUGAUCGAGGUCGAGCUUGCUUACCAACGAAAGGAGAACGCUUCUUAUUCGCUAUACGGCCACACGGGAAUCCUCAAGUUCAAUGACCCAAACGAACCGACGGUAACCAUCACCGUCCCAGGACUUCGCGAGAACACCCCAAACGUCCAAGUGGACGACGAGGUGCAGCUGCGCCAGUUACGCUUCGACUAUGGCGGUCACUUUGAAUCCAGCUUUUUCCCAUGGACUGGAUACAUCUACAACGCCCGCGUUUCCGCAGUGGUGAGAGCAACCGAGACUCUCGUCUUGCGGGUAGCCGGAAUCACCUAUCACACGGCUGAAGUCGUUACUCCAACCAUGAUCCCGCCUUGGCCGACAGAGUUUGUGGUCAAGUUCAACAUUCAGUUCUUCGUACCCAUGGUCCGGUAUACGCCCAUGAUGGACGUGCUCCCCCACAUCACGCAGUCGCUGGAUCUGGCAGAACAGGUCCUUAAAAAUGACUUUGAUGCGCUAGAUUCCUUCAUCGACGAGGUCACCCAUAACGGCUCGGCGGGACCCAAGGCGAACGAGUUGGCCACCACCAAUGUUUACUGGAACCAGUCCAUGCUGUUCCCCACGGAAGCAGACUGCAAUUUCCAGACCCACGUUGUCAACUGGCUGGAGCACUACGACAGUACACGAUUCGACGAGUCUUUGAACUACGAACAGCGUAUAGCUGUCGACUCAGUCCUGUGCCAGAACUACGGCACUAUGCCCUAUCUCAUCUCGGGUCCUCCCGGAACAGGCAAGACCAAGACCAUGAUCGAAAUUGCCCUCCAACUUGUCCGCAAUGUCCCCAAUUGUGCCCAUAUUCUCGUAUGUGCCCCAUCCGAACCAGCAGCCGACACCUUGGCCGAUCGGCUCUCCAAGUCCAUGAGCCGCAACGAGCUUCUUCGUCUUAACCGGCCAACCCGCGACUCACGAGAGGUGUUGAGCAACCUCCUCCCCUACUGCUACAUGCAAAACGACAUCUUUGCCCUGCCUCCCCUCGCCCAACUCAUGUCUUACCGCAUCAUUGUUACCUCUUGCCGAGACGCCUCCAUGCUCAUGUACGCGCGUCUGACCAACUCGGACCUGUACACCGUCACCUCCACCUUGCAUCAACAAAUCCACCCUACCUUGCCACCCACUUCCAAAUCCCGUCUACACUGGGGCGCCCUCCUAAUCGACGAAGCCGCCCAAGCCAUGGAGCCCGAAGCCCUCAUCCCUCUCCACGUCGUCUCCCCUCCUCUCAAAGGUCCCGAACCGCUCUUUACCCCCCUCGUAAUCAUGGCCGGCGACGAACAACAACUCAACCCACGUACCUCCUGUCCCUCCACCCCUCUCCAAGAAUCCCUCUUCGCUCGCCUGUUCAAGCGACCCGUUUACGCCAACCACCCCUUAGCCCGGCGCCUCGCCAAAGACGCUCAGCCGCCCCAACAACAAUACCAACUCCACCCGGACUUACUCCCCAUCUUACGCCCGCCCUUCACAAAUCUAAUAAGGAACUACCGCUCCCACCCCGCCAUUUUGGCGAUGCCUUCCAAACUCUUCUACUUCGACACUCUCGUCGCCGAAGCCGAUCGCCACGAACGCAACCGACUGAAAUCCUGGCCCGGGUGGCGCGGUCGUCGCUGGCCUAUCUUGUAUCAUGACAACCCCUCCCCCGACGACUUGGAAGCCCCCUCGCCCGAGUCUCCUUCCUCAACAGCCACCACCGGAGGCUGGUUCAACGUCGGUGAAGCCCACUUGGCAUGUCAAUACGCCUUGUCCCUUUUUCGAUCUGGGCUGGUGAAGCAAUCAGAAAUCUGCAUCAUGUCCCCGUUCAAAGCGCAGGUGCGGCUGAUACGCAGCUUGAUCAGGAGUGAGCAGUACGGUAUGAUGUGGGAGGUGAAUGUGGGGCCGACCGAGGCCUUUCAAGGGUUGGAGCAUGGAGUGGUGAUUUUGUGUGUGACGAGGAGUCGAAAGAGGUUUGUGGAGAGGGAUCGCGGGUUGGGGUGGGGGAUUUUGCCGGGGGGUGUUAGGCAGGAGAGUCAGGCGGGGGGUGGGAUUAGGAAUCAACUGAAUGUGGCGCUGACGAGGGCCAAGUUUGGAUUGAUCAUUUUGGGGAGUAGGGAGGUGAUGAAGGGGGAUGAGGAGCAGGACGAUGAGGAAGAAGAAGACGAUACUGAUAGUAAGGAUGCGGAGAAAGACAAGGGGCCUCCGACUUGGGGAACCAAAGGAGAAAAAGGAACGGAAUGGGCCCAAAUCAUUGCAUUCUGUGAACGCAAUGGGUGCAUCGCGGAUAGCAACCAGGUAUCAAAGUCGUCCACAUCAGCACAGAACAACAGUCGGAAUAACAAUGGAGAGGGGCAGUUGACCAAGUGGGAGACGAAUUUGCUUUCGACGGGCCGAGAUAGGGAGCAUUCCAUGUCGUCGGACGCUAGUGGAAGCGGUGCUAGCGUUACGGGAAGCGGAAGCGCAAGUGGGACCAUGGAAUGGAGUGAUGUGGAUGAGUUUUAGAGAGACAGAUGAAGUCCGUGGGGACUAGGCUAGAGAGUGCAUCGUUUCUGUAGGGAGUGAAAACCUAUCCAGACACUUAUGGGUUGUGGGAAACUGGUUAGGUAGCGUGGCGUUUGGUGUUUUGGUGUUUGGAUUCAUGCUCAGCGAAAGUCAAUUAUGGUUCAUGAACAAUAGUCAGGACUGUCAGGUAGAGCCGUAGAGGUAGCGCUUUGACACAUGUAGGAAGUUGGAAAAUACCUAUUUCGAG